CCUAGUUCACACAGUGUUGGGUUGUUCAGGGACUUGGCUGAAGCUAUGGACAAGCUCUGGAGGACUAUGUGGGCUUUCCGCAACCAGCUGAUCAUAUUCCUGGUGCCACUGUUACUGCUCCCACUCCCUCUGGUCAUUCCAGGGAAGGCGGCCGGCUGUGGUUACACUAUCAUCCUUAUGGCCAUAUACUGGUGCACCGAAGCACUCCCACUAGCUGUCACUGCCUUCAUUCCCGUCCUACUCUUCCCAAUGUUUGGAAUCAUGGAAUCAUCGAAGGUGUGUGUGGAAUACCUGAACGACACCAACAUGCUGCUGCUUGGGGGGCUGAUGGUGGCGGUGGCAGUGGAACACUGGAACCUGCACAAGCGUAUUGCUCUGAGGGUGCUGCUCAUUGUUGGAGUUAAACCAUCGCUGUUAAUGUUGGGGUUCAUGAGUGUGACUGCCUUCCUGUCGAUGUGGAUCAGUAACACAGCAACCACUGCCAUGAUGGUGCCCAUUGCCCAGGCCGUGUUAGACCAGCUCCACAAAACAGAGAUCAGGAGCUUGGAGCAUGGUCUGGACAAAGGCCAUGAGGAGCUGGGGCUGCAGGAGAUGAAUAAAAUCAUCACUAAUCCCCUCGCCGUUGAGAUAGCGCCUGAGAAACUCAACAGCACCAACAUAGAGACAGAGAACAUCAAGCAAAUCGAUCAUUCCAAAUACAACACAGGCGAGAAAUGUAACGGCCAGCUGCCCGGAACCGAAGACGGGGUCUUCCUGCAGCAGGAGAGAGAGAUGAAACUGCAGAAACACCUGAAGCUCUCGAAGGGGAUGAGCCUGAGUGUUUGCUACGCAGCUAGUAUCGGUGGUACCUCCACGCUCACCGGCACCACUCCAAACCUCAUCAUGAAGGGGCAGUUAGAUUACCUCUUCCCAGAGAAUGGAGACAUUAUAAAUUUUGCAACCUGGUUCGGGUUCUCCUUCCCGUGCAUGUUGAUCAUGUUGGCACUGACUUGGGUCUGGCUUCAGAUCUUGUACCUGGGAUUUAACCUGAAGGAGAAUUUCGGAUGUGGCGAUGGAAAUUCCCAGGAGGAUGUAUCUGCCUACCGCGUGAUCAAGGAGGAGGUGAAGAACUUGGGCAGAAUGACAUUUGCAGAGAUCGCCGUCCUCACCCUCUUCAUCCUGUUAGUCAUCCUGUGGUUCACUAGGGACCCUGGCUUCAUACCUGGCUGGGCAACUGUACUCUUUAACAAAGAUGAAAAAGAUUUUGUUACCGAUGCGACAGUGGUGAUAUUCAUCUCGGUGCUGAUGUUCAUGCUGCCAUCCGACAAGCCCCGGCUCCCCUGUUUUCACGGUAGCAGUGAUGAUGAUGGGACAGGUAACAACUGCAAAUAUGGUCCUGCUCCUGCGUUGCUGAACUGGAAAACUGUCCAAGACAACCUAGCCUGGAAUAUCGUCAUGCUACUGGGAGGGGGCUUUGCACUGGCUAAAGGCAGUGAGGCAUCGGGCCUUUCUAAAUGGCUUGGAGAUCAACUGACCCCUCUUGAGGCCAUCCCACCCUGGGCUAUCGUUGUCAUCCUCUGCCUGUUGAUUGCUACCUUCACGGAAUGUGCUAGCAAUGUUGCAACAACUUCACUCUUCCUCCCAAUUCUGGCUGCGAUGGCAAAACGUAUCCAUCUACACCCCCUCUAUGUCAUGCUGCCCUCCACCCUCUGUGCUUCAUUCGCAUUCAUGCUGCCAGUGGCGACGCCCCCAAACUCCAUCGUCUUCUCUUAUGGUUACCUGAAGGUGGCUGAUAUGGCAAAGACUGGAAUUGUAGUGAACCUGAUCGGGGUGAUGGUCAUCACACUGGCCGUGAACACCUGGGGUCAGGUUAUGUUUGACCUGGGCACCUUUCCUGAUUGGGCAAAUUCGACCGUUGCACCAUGAACUGAGUCAGGUCAUUCACACGGGUCUCGAAGUGACAAUGCUGCUGGACAGAAUCUACUUGGAGCUUGCUAAUUGAGUCCUGCAUCAAAAAUAUACAGGAAAUGUCUACCAGACUCCCGAGACUGCAUAAGAUCACGAUUGCACACAAACCGAGAGCGACACUGUGCCAAAUGUCAUCAAAGACUAAAGAACCUAUACUGACAGUAAAGAAGACCUAAGUGAUACACAGAACACCAUACAGCGAGUGCAAUAAACAUUACAUUGGACAAACAGGGAGGAGGACCACCAGGAUACAUGAACACCAGCUGGCACAAAACGACACGACCAAUAUUCACGCGUCUCAAUACACACAGACAAUGAAAGCCAUCACUCUGACUGGGACAAAGUGACUCGUACUAGGAUCAGCAAACAUCAGGCAUGCCAGGGAAUUUCUCAAAGCCUGGUUCUCGACAGGGGACUCCAUUGACACGCGCACAGCAAGAGACCCCCGUGUACAAGCUGCUGCUAGAACAACAGAACCAGAAGCCACAAGCCCGUCCCACCAGAGGAACACGUAAAUCCAGAAGGAAGAAGAACACCAACAUCUCGAGUGGAGGUUGCAGUGAGGAUGUUGCCCAGAAAUGUCUGCACACCACAGAACAACUCGCUCAGCGAGUCACUAAACAACUAUAUUUUAACUAUCGAAAUAGAACCUCGCGGGUGUCUCGGUGGGUGUAGAUUUUGAUGCAAUGCGGGUAAAUUUUAAGAGUACAUUCAGAGCUUGAAUUCUCCAGACUCCCUUCAUCAGGAGUCUGAUGCAGGAAAGCGGAGAAUCUUCUGACACAGGAGGAUCUGCAGCUGAGAUCAGGAAACAUCACGAGCUUGAGGACACCCAGCUGCGAUAUUCCUGUUCUUUUUUACCCACUUUGAUAUCUGGCUGGUUUCGUUGAGUCUGGUUUGGGAUUUGGACACUUGUCUGUGUGGCCACGAAUGUUUAUUCAUUGAUUAUAUUCCAAUUGGAUUUAGACCCGUGUUCCCAGGACAUUCCCACUGUGGAAAUCAUCUCCAUCUUUGUUGUGCAGGUAGCUAUCUGGACCUGUGUAUAUGUGUGUGUACUGGGAUUUGUGCCUGUAUUCUGGUGUGUACCUGGAUGUCAGCCAGCACCUGUGUCCCCACCUGUGCCUGCGAGCCUGUACUUGUAUCCAUACCUUUUCGCCUGGGUGUGUCUGUACCUGUGUGCCCAGUCUGCCUCCACCUGUGUGCCCAGGUGUCUGUACCUGUGUGCCCAGUCUGCCUCCACCUGUGUGCCCAGGUGUCUGUACCUGUGUGCCUGUACCUGUGUCUGUCACGGUGUGUACCUUUUCACCUGUGAGCGCCUGUACCUGUGUGCCCCACUGUACCUCAGUGCCCUGUGUGCUUGUGCAUCUGUCUGUAGGUGUGUGUACAGAUGUGGUUUUCUGUGAGAGAGCCUUGUGUGUUUGAAUGAGACUGUGUGUGUUUCAGGUUGUGAGAGGGCGUGUGUUUGGCAUGGGUCGGUAUCUGUGUGGGAGUGUGGCUGGGAACGAAUGUGCACGUGUGAGUGUGUGACAGUGUGACUGCAUGUGUGUGUGUGUGUGUGCGUGUGCAUGUCUGUGUUUUUGCAAGGCAGUGUGUGUUUGAGAGAGUCUGAGUGAGUGUGACGUGUGUGUGUGUGUGCGUCUGUGUGUCAGGGAAUCUGACAACAGGAGUGUGAAUGCAGAAAGCCGACCACCUCCCAGCCCAUUGUGCAUUCCCUUCACAAACAUCACAAUGUCAGGAUUCUGGAGGCACGGGGUUGCUGCAAAAUAUUUAUUGUUUGCAGAGGAUUGCACCUUUGUAGAGAUGUGAUAAAUAAAUUUACAA